GAUAAUUCCCCCAUAUUCGAACUCUUUGACUAUCGUCGCCGAAAAAAUCCAAUUGAAAAACUUUUAGAAAACCGAAUGGAAGAAUUUAACGUGCGCAGAAACCCAAUUAUACUACCCAGCGAAGAACCCAAAAGUUGCUUAAAGCCUAUUAUCUUCAUCAAUAUCGACAUAUCGCCUACACAAAUCCAGACCGUUUUUACGUACCUAGAUAAAAGUAGACAAGUUGGACAGAAGCAAAAUUUUGAAUGGUAAUGGUGAUAGGCGGCAGAAUAUCUUUUAUAAGAAAGCCCAACUAAGUUCUAUUUUAUUGCAUAAUAGUAAUAUGCAACCAUUGAUUAGUUUUAUCACACAAUCAGAAUUGUAUCGCAGACCAGUACUACAGAUAUCAAAUAGACUAAAGUUAGGUUUAGAAAAGAUUUUUGGUGGCUAUCUCAAAAUUUAUUCAAAUUACAGAAGACAAAGUAUGAUAAGAAAAAUAUUAGUGAACUCGACACCCAAAUUACUUCACCAGGCUCUCCAAAACAUGCGGAAGAGGAGAAUUUUAAGCAGUAAUGGAAGGAUAAAAUCAAGUAAAAAAAUUAGGCAAAAGAAAAUUAGAAAAUUAUUUGUCUCCUCCAACCCAAAUCUAUUUAAACAGCUUACGGCAAACUUUGACAUGAACGAUCUUUUUGUGUCGAAGGACGGAUUUCCUGUUUCGGAUAGCGAGUCAUUUACUACAUGCCAUCCAGGGUACUUGUAUUUUUUUAUGAUCACAUAUCUGCACUGUCUCAACACGCAAAUAGAGGAAAAAUUAAAAAGUAUUGUAGGAACAAAUGGGCGAGCCAACAACAUUUGGUAUGGCGUCUCUAUUGACAAAAAGCUACUGGAUACUGUAUUCGGCUCAAUAAAAAAUUUGGAAAAAUCUUUCUUUGCAAGUGGAAUACUUGGGAAGGACGACGAACUUCGAAAAGCAAAGUUCUGUACCCGUGGUGAAGAAAUUCUACCAGCUAUCCAACACAAAUAUGAACAUUUGGACUUUAGUUUGAAAACACACUUUGUUGUUGCACAGAUAUCUUCAAAGCAUAUUCAACUCAGUUUGCAUCAAGUGGUCAAACUGGCAUCACCCGGAGAAGAUCCAGCGUCCAUCAUUAUUCAGGAUGAGAUGAUACAUAUUCAUGAUGUAUACGACAUACUUUGUAAUAGUAUUAUGAAGAGCAUACAAGUCAAUUGUCAAAUUGAUGAUUGUACCACGCAUAAGUAUGGGGAAGAUAUGCAAUAUGAUUUUCAGUCAUUUGAGAUAUAUAACAAUAUUUAUCGAAAUUUAAAACCGUACGUUGUGGAACUUUUCGAAAAAAACAAAUCAAAUUUGGACAUGGAUUCCAAAAUACAGCUGAAUAUCAACACGAAAUGCGAUUGCAGUAUCAGUAUUUCUCUUUGUGACAUUAUUGAAGUAGGCCUUAUGUCAGUGAUAGAAAGUAUGGCAACGGAUAUAUUGUCUUCUUUGAUCAACAAAAGACUAUUUGGAAACUAUGUCCCAAAUUAUAUUUUUGUGUUUGGAAAUCCGUUCAAUCUGGGGCAGGGUUCAAAGAUCCACAUCGCAUACACCAUGAUUAUGCAAAAAGCGAUGGAUGACGGCGUAUAUAUUAAAGAAAAAGAUACAAAGACAUUUGUACUUAGAGUGUCAAUUUUCCAAUUACUGGAGAAGUUUUUAUCUGGAAAAAAGCCUUACAUGUUUGAAAGGUUUGUCACUGGAACUUUGUGCCAAGUAUCAAGCAAUACAUACGGGAUGAAGAUCUCAUCAUAUGAUACAGACGAUUUGAUGCCUUUCACCCGAAUAAACAGUGAUGGUGAUAUCAAAAAUACUAUUUCAGAUGAUGGCAGUUAUUUGGUAUUUAUUCAGAAAGGGAAGCCAGUUCCAACAAAAGGGCUUAUAAUUCAAAUCAAUGAACCAGAUUAUAUCAAUUUAGAAAUUCUUCAAUUAGAAAGUUCAACCAGUACUGUUCCGGAUAAGUAUACUCUAUUGCACGGCAACACUCCUGGUGUUACUUAUACAAUAUUCUCCGGUAAUUUGUCGCGUUAUCGUAUUGAAACACUUGUGGUAGAAUAUGAGCAGAUUAGCAAUAAUUUAUCUAUCAAACUAUCAAGAGGAUGUAUGGGUAAUAUUGAUGACUAUAUUGAUAAACUUUAUUACGAAACCGAAAAUAUCAUGGAGCCAUUGACACUUGCUUAUAUUUAAAAAAUCACCGCUUCAAUAAAAUCAACCUAUUUUUAAACCACCGUUUUACCUGUGUGACUUUCAAUUUUAAAAA